AUGAAAGAACUGGAUGGAACUCCGAAGCCCAACAAUCCUGAAGAUGGCAAUGAAAUAAUGAAUGCAGAUGGUUGCGAAGGAAUAACGGAUGCGAGUGAUACUGUGGCGGCAACAACUACACACCCCUUCGGAGUGUGGCUUCCCGACAGUCUGACUAUCCAAGAUGCGGACUGUUUAACCAAAAGUGGAAGUGGUCCUUGCCUAACUCGAUUUCAUGAGAUUGAGACUAUCUUCUUUGAAACUGAGAAGCUUGAGCCAGACCUCCUCGCAGGCGGAUUAGUGGCACUCAGUGAUGUCAAAGAGAUGGAUGACGAAAUAAAUGUUAAUGAGGGUAGCUUGGAGUCCGAUGACGAGAUGAUUCCCAUGUGGUUGGUUCAAGAGAGUUCAGAGUGA